AUGCCUGUCCUCUCGAGAGUUCUCUCAAUCGUCCUGCGCAUCGCGGAGCUGGCUUUCGCUGGCGUCGUGCUCGGCGUGACAUCAAAGUAUCUCCAUGACUACCGAUCCGGCAGUGGCGCGCCUCUGGCUCGCUUCAUCUAUGUCGAAGUCAUCGCCGCCAUCUCCAUCCUUUUCGCUCUACUCUGGCUUCUGCCUUUCGCAUCCGGCUUCUUCCAUUGGCCGGUCGAUCUUCUCCUCUCUUUCGCCUGGUUCGCGGCAUUCGGCGUCCUGGUUAACUAUGUGAAUGGUCGGACAAACUGCGGCGGCGACACUUUCGAUUGGAGCGGAAUCAGACAUGGUGGCACCUGCGGUCGCUGGAAAUCAAAUGAAGCAUUCAGUUUCUUGUCCGCCAUUCUCUGGAUCUUCAGUGGUCUCGUUGGUCUCUGGUUCAUCCAUCGCGAGAGACGCAAGACUGUCCGAGCCACAGAUGGAGCGUUGUUCCUCCCGACCGAAACAACGCAUCCAAAACCUCCACCCUAUCCGAACAUGGCUCAAGACCACCCUGGCCUGGGCGUCCUCGUUCGACUGCCACGUGAGGUCCGCGACCUUAUCUACGAGCAUUACUUCGCUGGAGCCUUAGUCUACCAAGACUUCGAGCGCAAAUCAUUCGUGUCCCCUGAUGCCAUGUAUCCAAUGCGAAACAUCGACAAGGACUUACUUGGUGUGUCAAAAGCAAUCCGGGCGGAGGCCGAAGCCUUCCAGUACAAAAAUAUCACGCUCUCUAUGAUCCAUCAGGGGAUUCACCCGCCACAAGAUUUGUGCGAGGCAGCCAGUGGUGUUAUUGUGGACAGCUUGGUUCCGUUGUACUGGGGUGACUCUGGCAAUGAGUUUCAACCUUUCGACGCUCGACGCUACAAGAACUUGACGAUCUUGCAUGUCCGAAAAACCACACGACAGUCUAAAUGGGUUCAAUCCGGCCCCAUAAUUCGGCUGGACGAUUCAAAGAUCAAGCAAUAUCUCCAGGAUGGCCAUCAUGAAGAUUAUAUCUCGGAGGCUAUUCGAGAAAAAUGGAGCUUGUUUGAAGAUCCCUUUCCCGUAGUCAACUACCGGGGUCCAGGGCUCAUUGUCAGGACGUCCGUGAUAGCGUGGUUGACUGGAGAUGGAACAUCUGGGUUUGGGUCCCAUUCCAAUCGUGUGAAAGUCACUCUAGUGGGCAAACCAUGA